AGUCAGCGUCAGUACGAUCCGUACCGUCAAGUAAGGUACACGUCGCGCUAUUACUUUUCUCUAUGUACGCCGAUAAUAUAACCUACAAACUUUCUACUACUUCAAAUCAGUGCACCAAUGCACGAAAGCUGCUAAAAAUAGCUGGGGUUCGCGCGCUCGCGUCGCCCGCAACCGGCACUCGUUUUCACUACUCACACUAUUUCUGUCUAUAGAAAAGCAAUAAGAUAAUAUAUGAAAAGAACAGAUGGACCCCUGUGCGAACAAUGAGAAAAGUGCGAAAAAAAUAUCCAUAGUCGCAAAGCGACCGUGACUCCGGAUGUUACAGUGAUUGUAGUGACUAUAUUUAAUUUGUCGACGCAAACGCCACAAAAAGUAAAAUGGCGCUUGUAAUGUUACCCUGCGACCUACCCUGGUGGACUUCCGUGCAACGUCAUCUAAAACAUCUGCUAGUAGCCUCCUCGUCUGCAAAAUUAACGGCCAACAUGUUGAAAAUUCAUGACAUGUGCAACAUAGGAAUAGAUCCUGAUGACGAUAUCAAGGAUCCGGAUCUAAUGAAAGGGUUAGAACAGUUUCUAGAGAAGGAACUGUCUGAUGAGGAGCGAAGGACUUUCUUAGACAAUACAAUCCGAAUCAUGGUGAACAGAGCAUUACAUCUAAAAAGAUGGCGCCCUCCCAAAGGGCUUAUGUUUAGUUUACAGCAACAAAGUGAUGUGACUGAACUCGACUACAAUUUCCUUUCGUCACUUGUUGCACACGCAUUCUUUUCUACUUUCCCAAAACGGACACUCAAAACACACCCAACAUUGCAGGAUUUUAAUUUUACGCAUUUUUUUAAAAAUUUACACAGAAAAUCACAAAGAAAUAAAUUAAAAAGUCUACUUCAUUACUUUGAAUGGUUAGAUAAGAAUAGCAACGAAGGAUCUAUUAAAUUAAGUAGACAGGUAAUGACUUCUAAGCAGUGGUUGACAAUAGAAGACUGGUUAGAAUGCACUCUGCCGCUGUGCAAGCUGUUGGUGAGACACGAGGGAAGGCCGGAGCGGUGCGAGAGCGAUGAUGCGCUGAGGGUUUGUUUCGCUUCCAGCAGAAUUGGCGGAGAGGUCCUCGUUGAUGGGGAAUCCCAGGAAUCCCUAACAAUGUUCAUGAUGCCAGAACUUCUGCCUGCCAUGCUUUCCGUAGAGGCGCUCGAAGAUAACGAGGUUUUAAAAAUAGAAGGUGUUAGGAUGUUUAGCAGAAUUAGCGACAAAAGGCAGAAAAACAAUGUAGAACUACUAGAAGAGCCCAAAACAGUAACCGUGUGUCUAAUGGAUGCAGAAGAUUACAGCGCACUGCCACUAGGCCAAUGGGAAGAGGAUAACGUUCUUCGAGAACUCAACAAGUGCCUGCUAGCAUAUCAACAAACUCCAAUGAAAAGCCGCGAAAUUCAAAAACUUGAACGACGCUUGUCACCCAUUGGAGAAUCGUUUAGCCAAACGCCCGAAGUGGAAACCACAGUAAUGAUCAAACAAGCGUCAUCCUGUAGUACAAUAAACAGUAUUAGCAGCAGAAGUCCUUCGCCGCAAAAUUACAGCGCAACUGCCCUCAAUCUCAAUGACCCAAGCGUAGAACUGCAAAAACGCAAAUGCUGGCUUUCACCCGAUGCUGACACGUUGAACAACCGUCGAGGAAGGUUCAUAGUGCUGGGCUCCUCUGGGGAAUGUCUACCUGUGACCAGAGGGUCCGGUCACUCCAACUUGGACACGCAAGAAGACAGUCUGUAUUCCAGUUGCAACUCAAGCGAUGAUGAAUUUCACAGUGCCAAUGAUAGCUUUGACUAUGGUAGCGAAGACGAAGGGAGAGGAGAGAGCGCACGUCCAAAUUCAUUCCAAUACUCCAAAGAUUUAUCAACCGAAGAAAGGAGGAUGAGCUUUGCUGAACGCCUCAGAGAGGCGUUAAGAAGAGAGGCAGAAAACUCAUGUACGACUAGCACUACUGGUGACUGGUCUACGGACAGUUCCAGUUAUGCUGUCGGAAUAAGUAUAUCUGGAGCGGAAGUCAACGACAAUGAUAUUAGGAUAAAACGUGGCGGUUCCGUAGGUUUCGUACUGAAUGAGAAGGACAAUUUAGAAAAUGGUAACCAGCCCUCGAGACGGCUGCUUUCUAGAAAAGAGACCGGGAACAGUUCUAAAUACAGCUUCAGUACAGAAUAUACUUCAGAAUUGGAAGAAGUCUAUGAACAAUUCAACCAGUGGCUCAAUGACCCAAUCGUUGACAAAGAAAGCACAGAAAAUAAAAACAGAGAAUUGGACUCUCGAGAUUUAGCUGUGAUAAGAUUUGCUGGGUCACUCUUGAAGCGAACGCUAAGCGAGUCGAUGGCGAGCGUUACUUGCGGUGCCGGUGCCGAUGCGGCGGAGCUGUACGGGCGGGACUCGCGCGAGAGGACUACGCCUCGAAGCCUCGCUCUCGCCGCUCGCUCCCUGUCCCUAGAGCUAGCGAGACAUCGACACCGACUCGCCGCGCAUUUGAAACGUAAAGUAAAAGAAUCGAUACCAGAAGAUGUGUUAGAAAACUCGAGUGCCAGAUGCGAUAAAGAUGACAAAAAUCCCAAUGUGAACGAAAAGUCUAUCAGUUUGUCAACUGAAACAUGCUCGACACAAUUAUCCAACCCCGACGUAAGAAAGAAAAAACUUAACUGGGUAGUAAACAUGAUAGUCGAAACUAUAGAAGAAAAUAUCGAAUGCGAACCAGUGACGGUUAAAAUAAAAACACCGAAGCUUAACCAGCUAGCCCACAAGAUAGUAACGGGAGGGUCUUGCCGUCCCGUGGCCACUGGCAACUGGGGCUGCGGGCGCCGGCAGCGCGGACACCCGCAACUGAAACUGCUGCUGCAGUGGCUGGCGUCCAGCGUGGCCGGCGUGCCAGCUCUCAUAUACUACACGUUCGGGAACGAGAAAUUGUUUAAAUUGGACACAUUAGUAAGGGUGCUAACAGACAGAAAGUGGACAGUGGGGCAGCUCGCGCGGGCAGUGCUGAGGUUCGCUCGACAGACGCUCCACGAGCCGCACGUCAUUCCGGAAAACCAGACACUCUUCGAUGAACUCAUCGGCAUAGAGAAGAUUCCUGAUGAUUAUUAUUAAAGACUAGCUGAUGCCCGCGACUUCGUCAGCGAGGGGUUAUGUUUUUAUAAAUCCCGUCGGAACUCUGAUUUCCGGGAUUAAUGUAUCCUAUGACACUCUCCAGGCCUUCUAUAACCAUGCAAAAAAUCACGUCGUUACGUUGCCCCGUUGCAAUGUGAUUUGAAGACAACCCACAAUAAACUAACAAACCACACUUUCGUAUUUAUAAUAGGUAUGGGCAGCAUCUUUGUAAGACGGUCCUUUCUUAAUUUACUUUUAUUCAAUCAAUAAUUUCGCAAAAGGGCCGCGCCGCGCCUAUGAUUUUAUGUCACAUUGGCCAGACCCGCAACACGCUGUGUGAUUUUAGAGUCCGUUCACACUAAUGUUUUUCCAGCGAGGGCGUUCGCCGAACUCUUUCGCAGCGCAAAUGCAUGCGCACUGGCCGUGUGAACAUCUAUGCUGCGAUAACGUCGCGUAGACGCGAUGCUAACUGAACUGAAGCAUCAGGUUCACUACAUACCUACAAUCACGAACGCAUUUUCGUAUCACGGCAACGGACGCAAUAUUGUAUUCUUUUUCAAAUUUUUUAAAUAAAUUUUUAUGUUUUUUUUUUUGGAAUUUUGUAUUAUUUCUAACAAAGCCAUCAAAUUUUCGACCGAGGUUUCGAUAUUUGAAAGUAAGAAUUGAAAUAUUUAAAGUUAUUUUUAUGUGUCUACAAAUUAGCACAAAAUAAUUACUUUCACUUGGUGCAAACUCCAUAGUUGGUUCUCCCAUGGUUUUUUAUUGUAUUCUUUCGUUUUCUUUUUUCUUUCGUUAUUAUUAUUAUUUUUAAUAGUAAAGCCAAUAGUUUCCUCAUCGGAAUAAAUUUUUAAAUACCAAAACAAUAACGUGAUCACGCAGCGGCGUUUGCGCGAUGCUAACUCAGCGGUCAGUAACGCAUCGCUAGCGUCAAGUAGUCGCAGCGUCAUACGUUCCAAAAACGCCUACACUCGAGAAACGCUAGAGUGAAGGGGCUCUUAUAAUUUUUUUUUAAAUUAAUUUUUUUGAAUAUUUUAAUCACUAUGCAAUUAUGCCAGAUUCAUAAUAGCCUAAUAACUCUUAUACUUGUUAAUGACAAUAUCAAAACGAUAACAUGAUCUCGCGGCAUCUUAUCUGUGUUGGAGAAACACCAGUGUGAAGGGGCUCUUAUACAAAUUGAUAGAACAGGCCGGAAUUUCUGUGUGACUAUGUGCUUAAUAUGCUUAAAUAAUCAUUACAAAUUGUAUUUAAAGUAUUUACACAAACAAAAUAUGGUUUAUUACUUUAUUAAUUGGAUUGAACAUGCUAGAUAUGCGAUGCGGUUUCUUUCAGAGCAACUUUGAAUUUCAUAUAAUUUGAAAUAAGAUGCUUAAGCUUAUGAAGACCAAGAAAUCUACUUAUGUAUUUGAAAGUAGGACCAUAAUUAGAUUUUUUAUGUAAUAAAGCACGUUUAUUAUGUUUAUCAUGCAAGUUAUUUUCUGCGCUCAAUAUACCAUAAUUCUGAUGCAUUUAUUUCAACUUUUCUGAUUUUGAUAAGUAAAUCUAAUCUACAAAUUAUAAAUAGUAUGUGAUUAUGGCAGCUGUGGCUUAGGAUAUAUAAAUAUACGAUGUUUGUGCAAUUGAAUUAGUAGUGUCUAAAAUAGAAACACUUAAAAGCAAUAUAAAAAAAUAAUUCGAAUUAAAUUUAAUAUUUUUGUACAAAAUUAUCAGUACAACUGUGUGUAUAUCAAUUUAUACCUAUUGUAGGAUUUUUAUGAAUUGUAAAAAAAUCUAUAAAUAAAACGUUUUAAUACGUAUACAUACAUUUAACCUAGAAUAGAUAUAAUUUAUUGUAACUACCUACACCUAAUCACUACACUUAAGAAAGUGACAUAUUGAAGUCGCAUAAAAGUACCUAAUCGUAAUAAAAACACGUUAAUAUUAAUUUCAACUAUUCAGAUAGGUAUUCAAAAAAAUAUAAUUAUUGUAUGUAAAUAUAUUGCAAUUGUUCUUAUUAAUAAUUGUCUAAAAACGUUUAUAAAUUUAUAAAACGUAGCGUAGCGUGGUGAUGCGAACCAAAACAAGGGCUCUUAAAUAUACAUAAAUUAAUAGCCGACUUAAGUAGCUGUUUAAUUAAAAGCAACAUCCUGCCAUUGGUGCAGUUAGCUUUUAAAAUUUGUUCCUUAUCGCAAAACAAUAAGGUUCAAUUUUUAUUGGAAGUGUCUGUUAUGCCAGCGGUCCUUUUAUAAAAAGAAAUAUCCUACAUGAAAGAACUAUCAUUAUUACUAACACCACUAGUGAUAUUUUACCGGAAGUUAUUAGGUCUUAACUGGCUGAAUGAAUGACUGACUAACUGACUGUUUUUAAUGAGCUAUGCUAGAAGACUCGCUCCAUCGUCUCUUCAUUAAGCUACACCUACCCAUACUUCUUUUCGCUACGUAUAUCGCCAGCUUACAUCGCUCGCCGCCUCCUUUUUUGCUCCACUCAGCCAUCCUUGAGCCAUCCUUGAACCAUCCUUGCACGAUAAGAAAGCUCCACGCCGUACACGGGCUUUUGCGCGCGAUUGAAUAACAUACUAUAAAAACAUUCAAUUUAAGUAGGAAAAGGCCCGCUCUUUGCCACAAUAUACGGUAAUAAUAUACCCACGCGCAAUAUACGGAUGUAAACCUACGCUACGCUAUUUGGUUUUUUUUACAAAUUUACUUUAAGUAGAAUAUAAACCAAAGGACACGUUUUUACAUUCUAUGUUGUAUGGUAUCCAGUGUACAGGUCUUAAACUUGAAAAGGUCUUCCAUAGUAUGAAUCUCAAUGUGUCCAAAGUUUGUUGAUUUUAUGUAAUUAAUUGAAGUAACCAAACCUGAUGAUGCUAAUAAAAUUAUUGCGUCAC